CUCGCCAACGCUCCAGGCCAGGCGAUACCAGCUCAACCUAAGCCACACGUCUCCGCAGGUCCUCGGGGGUUUCUACCAGCUUCAUCUGAGCCACAGGUCUGCGCAGCAAUUCGAAAAUUCCCGCCGACUCUCACGGAUCCCCUCUCAACCGAGCGUAGGCCACGCACCGCGACUCCCUGGGGCGCGGGCCGGAAGCGCCCCCCGGGCCCGCCCCCUGCUCAUCGGAGCCGGAAGUUGACGACUCUAGGCCGUAAGUCGCCCUCCGCGGGCCGCAUCGUAGCAUGUUGCGCGGACCCGGCUACUUUCUCUGGGUUCCCGUGCCACCCGCAGCGGCCCUGGCUGUGGCUCUGCUGUCGUCGCUUUCGCACUGCUCCUUCCUGGAGCCGGCGGACCCUGUGAUUUCGUCGCUCAGCCCAUACUUCGGCACCAAGACGCGCUACGAAGAUGCGAACUGUGGGCUGCUGCGGGACCCCGAGGUGCCGCGGCGGGACCCGGAGCUGCUGGAGGACACCUGCACCCCAUUGCAGCUUGUCGCCCUCAUCCGCCACGGCACCCGCUAUCCUACGGCCAAACAGAUCCGCAAGCUGCGGCAGUUACACGGACUGCUGCAGGCCCGCAGGCCCAGGGAUGACAGGGCCGACGCCGUCGGCGGCCGAGACCUAGGCGCUGCGCUGGCCAACUGGCCGCUGUGGUACGCGGACUGGAUGGACGGGCAGCUGGUGGAGAAGGGGCGGGAGGACAUGCGACAGCUGGCGCUGCGCCUGGCCUCCCUUUUCCCGGCCCUCUUCAGCCACGAGAACUACAGCCGCCUGCAGCUCGUCACCAGCUCCAAGCACCGCUGCGUGGAGAGCGGCGUCGCCUUCCUGAAGGGGCUGUGGCAGCACUAUCACCCUGGGUUGCCGCCGCCCGACGUCGCAGAUAUGGAGUGCAACCCUCCAAGAAUUAAUGAUAAACUAAUGAGGUUCUUCGAUCAUUGUGAGAAGUUUUUAACCGAAGUGGAAGGGAAUGAUACAGCUCUUUAUCAUGUAGAAGCCUUCAAAACUGGACCAGAAAUGCAGAACAUUUUGAAAAAAGUUGCAGCUGCUUUGCAAGUGCCAUUCAACAGUUUAAAUGCAGAUUUAAUUCAGGUAGCUUUUUUUACCUGUUCAUUUGACCUGGCAAUUAAAGGUGUUAAAUCUCCUUGGUGUGAUGUCUUUGACACAGAUGAUGCAAAGGUAUUAGAAUAUUUAAAUGAUCUAAAACAAUAUUGGAAAAGAGGAUAUGGGUAUACGAUCAAUAGUCGAUCCAGCUGCACCUUAUUUCAGGAUAUCUUUCAGCAUUUGGACAAAGCAGUUGAACAGAAAAAAAGGUCUCAGCCAGUUUCCUCUCCAGUCAUUCUUCAAUUUGGUCAUGCAGAGACCCUUCUUCCACUGCUUUCUCUCAUGGGCUACUUCAAAGACAAGGAGCCCUUAACAGCUUACAAUUACAAGGAACAAAUGCAUCGGAAGUUCCGAAGUGGUCACAUUGUACCCUAUGCCUCAAACCUAAUAUUUGUGCUUUACCAUUGUAAAAAUGCUAAGACUCUUAAAGAAGAAUUCCGAGUGCAGAUAUUAUUGAAUGAAAAAGUGUUACCAUUGGCUCACUCACAAGAAACCGUUUCUUUGUAUGAAGAUCUGAAGAACCACUACAAGGACAUCCUUCAGAGUUGUAAUACCGGUGAAGAAUGUAAAUUACCAAAGGUGAACAACACAUCUGAUGAGCUAUGAGUAACUGGAGAACAUUUUUAAUUCAUCAGAAAUCUAUAGGGAGUGAUUACACGUGUGGAAUUAGGUAGGCAAUCCCUGGUUACAGAAAGCUUUCACACAGCUUGGGUGUUUCUGUCGUUUCACAGAGAAGCAUUAAGUUUCCAUCUGUGUCUAGACAUGGAUGUGUAAGAAACAAUUCUUCAUUGGAGCAGCUCUUGUAAGGGGAAAAAAAAUCUAUUCAAAGAAAUAGCUGGCACUGCAAAUGUUUACAGAAAUUAAAUUCUUCCUAUUUGUAUAAGAAAUCUCACAUUGAGAAUGUUUUCAAAGUGAUACUUGAAAGUGCUGGAGUAACAAAAUAUGUCAGUUGGAUGACCUAUAACUUGGUUGAACUAUUUCUAAGAUCUUUACCAGUUGUAUUGAAGUUCUCUCUUUUUGCCUCAGGUAGCACAGUUCUAGUAUUGUAUUUCUUAAUCUGAAAUAUUGUGACACACUGGAAGUAUCACUUUGGAAGAAAGCUAACAUCUCUCUAUUUGAGAAUUUGAAACAAUAUUAAGAACAAAGUCUGAUUUAAAAGGACACUUUCACUGAAGGAAGACAAAAAGUACAGUAAAAUAAAUAUUUUUGUUAAUAGUAUUUAUAACGUAUUUGAACAUUUUUUCAAUAAUUCCUUUUAACCUCCUAGUAAAUCCUGCAAGGCCAGUCUUUAAUUAUUUUCAUAUCUGUUUUACAUAUAUGACAAUGGAAGAACAAAGAGGACCAUUCGCAACAAGUCAGAUGGAUAGAAUCAAAGUUUCUUAAAUCCAUUGCUUAGCAAUUUUUAACAUUCUUUCACUUUGCUUCUAUUUUAAUAUUUUGUUAUUAUGUAAAAUAUCUUUGGUUGUUUAAUUUCUUUUUCAUUCUUUUUUUUUUUUUUAAAUAAAGACCAUCUAGGCCGGCUUAGUUUCACAUAUAUGAACCCAUUUCAAAAAAAUAGUUCUGAGCUCUGUCAAAUGCCAUGAAAGUGUUUGCUAUAAUAGUAAACAGAAUUCUUGUGACUUUACUACAUUUUUUCUGCUCUUCAUGUUGAUAUAUAAUUAGUAAUUAAUUGAUGGCGAAAGGUUGAAAUUUCAAGCAGCUUUGACUAAAUCAGGUAAUAUAAGGCAAUUUUCUUCUAAUAGAAAUUUCCUCAAAUUUUAACUUAAAGAAAAGUGGAAAUUCAUUUUAUUAAAAAUCUAAAAAAUAAGUAUCAUGACUAUAUAUUGAAAUUAUAAAAGAAGAAGCAUAGAUGAUUAUCUGAUAAAUACUGUUGAUUCAUCAAUAUAUUGCUGAUUGUUCUUACAAAAAUGUCUGGUGUUUCCUUUUUAAAAAAUUUUGUAAAUAGCCAGAUAAGAUGAACAUUCAUGCCUACUGCCCUUUUUAUCAAAAUUAACAUUAUAGCAUUUGGUUUAAAUCCAAAUAAGAAUAAUUGAGGACUUUUGUAUGUCUCUUUGAUGCUGUUACCCUCACUCCCUGACUAGAGGUAACCACCAACAUAAAAUUCAAUAUUCACCAUUCCAUUGUAUGUUGAUUCUGGAAACUUGUAGUAUUGUGGGAAUUUUAAAAUAUUCUAUAAAAGGACAUCCUAUGCAUAUCAUUCUUGAAUGAGUUAUUUGUUUUAGCUGUUGUAUUUGUUUUUUGAUCCUGAUCAUUUGUCACAAAUUAAUACCAUCAAUUCAUUAACACGUGUUGAGUACUUUUUAUGUAUAAACACUAGACUCAGUCUGUGAGCAUAUAAAGUUGAAUGACCUUAGUUCUGUCAAGGGAAUUCUCUUAAAAAACCUUAAAUAAAUUUACUUGGUGUCUGACAUAUUAAUUUUUGAUUCAUAAACUUUUUAUAGACUAUGAAGUUUUAUAGGAAUUGUUUAAUUUCGGUGGUUAAAUAGAACCGUGGUGUUGUCUUUGUAGUCAUUGGUAUGUAAAAUAUUUCAGGAUGGGGUUAAGUGUGGUUCACUUUUGCUAAUGUUACAGAGUUUGUGAUAGUCUUCUGGUGCUAUUAUUCUCAUUUAGGAAAUGCCUGAAACCAAAGAAUGCCAUGAUAAAAAUUAAAGGUCUUAUCUAGGAUUGGAUAUAGAAAAAGUCGAACAUUGAAAAAUAAUUUUUGGAUAGCAAGAGUUCAUUAAUAAUAGAUGACCAAAUUACUCAGUUAAGCCAAAAUUUAAUCACUGUUGGUUCUGACAUUUUGGUAGAUUAAUAACUAGCUUGUGGAUUUGCUGUUUUUCUGUGUAAUCUACAACUUAAUGUGUGCAGUGCAUUUGUACUUACUGUUUUUAUUUUCAUCAUUUUGAAGUUUCUGCUCUCCAAUAGUAAUCAUUUACUUGACACCGUUUUUGUAUAUAAUCUGGAUCUUAGUUUUAACACUGAAAGCAAAACUCAACUUGUAAAGAAAAACGAGCUUCGUUUUUUUCAGAUAUAAUCAACUUUUAUGAUAUAUUGAGUGAUUUUCUUUUUGUAGACUGCAGAACUGAUGCAGGUCCUUAAAUAUUUGGGAGUUGCAUACAACCAAACCAGAAUAUAUAAGUUUUGGAAUAUAUUUCCUUAAGAUGGUAUUUCAUUUGAUUCAUUAAUGAUACUUGGAAUAUGAACUGUCUUCUGCCAAAUGUAAGCUGAAAAUAAAUAUUUGCAUUAUCAUAU